AGAAAUAAGUUUACCUUGUGAAGGAAUCUGGGCUUUUUCUGCUCAUGUUGCUUUAUGACGCGAAUCAUAGUUCUAAGAAGAAACAGAAUAGACUAAAUAUCGUGGUUGCUUGAUUUCAUGACUAUUUUUUGUGCAUAGUUCACAUGUGUGUUUGGUGUGGUGUAAAUUUGAACUCAUCGUCGUUUAAUGAUGCAAUAAAAAGAAAAGUCUUCAUACGUGACUGUGCGAAAAAACAUGCAUAUGAAAAAUCUUCUGAAUCAGGAUGCGUUCUAAUUUACCGAAUGAGCUCAAACAUUUUGCUUCAAUCAUAGAUACAUGAAUCUUAUAAUAGUGUAGUGUUCUGACAACUUUCACGGGUUUUCACGAUAAAAUUACGAAAGAAGGUUUGGAAAUGUGUCUAUAGUGAUUGAAAUAUGGUAGCUGCAGUGUGUACGUGCAGAGAAAAUUGUUGGUUGCGAAGUGUAAUAUGAAAUGAUGUAGGUAACACUCAACGGAUCUACCUAUAUGCUAGAGAAAGGUGCUUAGAGAGACGGACGUGUCUUGAACGGGAAAACGAAAAGAAAUAUAUUACAGUUGUUGUGUUGAUAGUGGUAGUGAGUUAAAAUUUUGUUGAGACAAAGUUAUUUUUAAUACUGAGUGUACUAUUCGGGUAAUCUGUACAAUUGCACCUCGUAUGUACAUUCACACAUGUAUACCGGGAAACAUAAUAGUAAUCGUGUACUCGACACAGAUUGGCAAGCCAACAAAUACGCGUUCCCAUGCAUUCGGAUAAAAAUGUAGAUUUUGCUCAUGUAAUAUCACAAAGGCGAAACGCGGAUGAGAAUUGAUUGACAUGCAUACAUAAUUAAUCCAGUAUCAGUUAAUGAAUACUGGCGAAAUUGAAAAUAGCAGCUUCUACAUGAGUUCAACGCGUUUGAUGUAUCAUGAACGCUGACCGAGUGAAUUGUUUGAUUGUUUUGUUCAUUGGGACUUUAACCAUUUGGUCAUUCACCUUAGCCGAGUGAAUUAGAAAACUAAACUCGACAACAUUUGUUGUGGUAUGUUGUGGUAUUAUUUCAAUUCGUGAAAUAGGUUAGAAUAAAAGAAAGUGUGCUUUGAAGCAAAUUCGAAAUUAGCGACUGAUUGAUAUUUACUGUAUAAGUUUGUGGUGUUUCAAAAAUGCACAUAGUCGAUAUUUUGUGUGAAUGAUUUGAUGGAAACAUGCAAUAUACAUCACAUGAAGUCGAAGUAUCGUCAUUAUCAUCAUCGAGUUCGUUACAAGACCAGAAAAAUCAACCACUACGUUACUGUUUGUUUGUCGUUUUGUGAUAUUGUUUGGCCUAUACACCAGUGUUACUAAAAAAAUAAUGCAAAUAUGGCCAGUAGCACUCCACAACAAGUUGUAGCAAAUCCCGCUGGAUUUAAUAGCAAUCAAAAAAUAAGCGGGGGCCGUUAUGACUUUGAGGAUGGCGGUACAUUCUGUGGUGGAUGGGAAGAUAAUAAAGCACAUGGUCAUGGUGUUUGCACGGGUCCAAAAAAUCAAGGUGCCUACUUCGGUGCUUGGCAUUACGGCUUUGAAGUUUCAGGAGUUUACAUUUGGCCAAGCGGAUCUUCGUACGAAGGGCACUGGCAGAAUGGAAAAAGACAUGGUCUUGGUGUCGAAACCAGAGGCAGAUGGAUCUAUAGAGGAGAAUGGACGCAGGGUUUCAAAGGACGGUAUGGCGUCAGGCAAAGUGUGUCAUCUACUGCUAAAUAUGAAGGUACUUGGGCAAAUGGCCUGCAGGACGGAUAUGGAUCUGAAACGUAUGCGGAUGGAGGAAGUUACCAAGGCCAAUGGCUACGAGGUAUGCGGCACGGGUAUGGUGUGCGAACGUCAGCACCGUUUGGGAUGGCGGCCCGAUUCCGAACGAAAAAUAUCAGAGCUUCUAUGACUUCACUUAGAAGUAAUGAUGGCUUCACCAAUCAGACUUCCACACCAGAUCCAACCGAAAAGCGUAGCCAUAGGAUAGACGACGCACGGGGUGGUUUUGUUUUGAAAGCCAAAUCAGAUGAACCGCCAGCAAGACGAAAUAGUUUAGUGGAGAAGACGAAAAAAGGAUUGUUAUCUGUUAGUAUACUGAUGAUGAACAUAAACUUUUAAUGAAUUCGGUGAUUAAGGAACGCAAUAGGGUUGCUUCAUGUAUGCAUUUUCCAGCACAAUGCUUUUUAGGUUCCUCUUGCGGUCUCAAAUGACUGAAAAUAUAGAAAGUGGUUCUGCGCUUCUCGUAUAAAGUUUGUAUGACCAUAAGUAUGGGUAAGUCCCAAAAGUAACAUUUUCAUUUCUGCUUGAGAAUCGAAUCUAAUUCACUCAUAAACUUUUUUGAAUCGGUUCAGUUACUCAUUUGGAAAGGUUGAAAUAUAUCUCUUUGACCGUAGAGUUUUUUCUUUUCUAUAUACAAAGACUAACGAGUGUGUUCAUCGUGAUGGUUAUUGAUAUUGUUAUGUCGUAACCGUAGAAAUAAUUUAAACUAGAACCUAGAACUAGAACCUUCCAUUUGGGACUCCAAAUCAGUUUUAAACAUUUAGAACAAAUUCGCUUCGAGAUCACUAUUUCAGUGAGUCGUAGAAAAUCCACCUAGUGAAGCAAUUGUGUCUUUCUUAUUUAUCCAAACUAUCAUUUUAUGACUUGUUAAGUUCAAUAUAAAUUUGACAAUUUAUUGCGUCAAGUUUUUCAAGAAAUUGAACUUUUUAUGUGUACAGUUCAAUACACCAAACCUGAUCAAAACUAUUUUGAAGUUAUUAUGUUCAACAAAACACUUAUAAUUUAUUUAAAAUUCUAGAGGGUUCUGAAAGAAAAAUUGUUCGAAUCAAUUCAUCCUGAAGUGAUAUUUUACUUUUCUCGUUGUAGAAUUCAUCUUUUUUGAUAAAUAUACGCAAAUUAAAAUUUUAUGGAUGGUUCUGAAAUGGAAUUUGUACAGAACUUUUCGUAAGGAUUCAUGCAAAUGAGAUGAGCUGAAAAUUUUCAUCAAUUUCAAGUAGUUAUCGAAUGAUAUUUCAAAACAGCUUUUCGUUAUCUUACUGAACAUAUUUUCUACAAAAUGGCGAAGAAAUUGAUUAGAUCUAUGUAGUAUAGCAAAAGAUAUAAAAGUUCCGAACCUUA